UGAAAUCUUACACACCUCCAAUUCGAGCCGCCAUUUUGAGCUAUCACAUGAUACCUACUUCCGGGUCACGUGUCACAUUAAGGUGUCACUACGAUAAUUCUUCUAAAAAGAAAUCGCAAAAUUCAAGUUAGAGGUAUCAUGGGCUCUAUCACCCAUGGAGCAUGGCCAAUGUAGACGGUGUUAAGAUUCGUCCUGCUCGUAUUGAGGAUCUAGCAGAGCCGGCAAGAUGGAUGCAAGAAAACCAUUGGAACGCAGAUAAGGAACUACUCGAGAUGUAUCUGCGAGUUUACGGCGAUAAAGGGAUUGUAGCUGUCGAUGAUAGUGAUAGGCCCAUAGGUUUUGCACAAUGGUGUGAUAUAAAUCCAUCACUUGGUAUAGGAACGAGAAUAAUUGUGAGAGAUGACAUGCGAAAUCGUGGUAUCGCACGACAACUUGUAGCUGCUUCUAAAACAUGUUUAGGAGACCGCAAUCUUAUGGUUAACUCCGUGGACGCCAUUGCUGGACUGUAUAAAGACAAGUGCGGAUAUAAACACGAAGGGUAUGCUAUUGGUAUAUAUAAUGGUAUUGUUAACAGUGAAAUCACUCUGGAACCAGCAAUAUUUGAUGGAAGCGUCAUUAUUGGCGAUUCAACCCAUAUGGAUGACGUCAUUGCAUACGAUGAGGCCAUAACAGCAGGAUAUCAAGGAUAUAGUAGAAGGCGAUUUCUUGAAGAAAAUGGAAACAGGGAUAGUGAUAUUUUUUUAAUCGCAAAAAUCGGUGGUAAUGCUUGUGGAUACUUAACAGUUCGAGGGGCUGGCCAUGUCUUUAUAGUGGCUCCGUUCAUGGCAAACACAAAUUUAAUGCGAUAGCAAACUCGUUAUUCAACGAAAUGGUUCGACGGUUACCCGUUAAACCGAGGAUUCAGUUGUACGUAUGUGAACCAGCACCCGACGCAAUUGUGCACAUAAUUGAACAAUAUCAGCUUAACAAAGUUAUAAGCGGAAGAGCCCUCUUCACCGAAACUGUGGUGAUCCCUCCAGGAAUGGACAAGAUGUUGUCAUCUGCUCCCUUUUAAUCAAAUCAGUUAGUGUUAUGGUACUAAAUAAAAAUCAUAAUGAAGCCAA